AUGCGCGACUUGUACGCAAACUUAGCGGAGGAUGAGGAAGGAAACGAGGAUAUGGAGUGGUGUCCGCGUGUUGUGUUGAAUAUUGUUGAGAUACUCCAGAACGCGAUAUCUUCGACGCAACCGUCAAAUUCUCCGAAUCCUGCCGUCGAACACUUCAAAUAUAAUGUCAUUUCUUCCUCCCUGCUCGCUUCUUCCCUUCCAUCACCACAGUCUCCGAAGAGAAGAUCAAUAUCGGUCUCAAUACCGGGAAGACUCAGUCACAGUAGAACGUCCAGCACCGGGAGUGAUAAGCCCGACAACUCAACCUAUGUCGCCCCCUCAGAACCUCACUAUGGCAUAAUAUCGCUCUCAGCACUCUCAUUCGCCGCCUCAUUCAGCGCAGGAUACCCAUUUCUUGCUUUCAUUUCCUUAAUUGUUACUCUUAUUCUUAUGUACAAUUUUAUUGUUAUGACAGAAACGCCCAAGGACGACAUGACCCCUUCCUUAGAAGCUCUCAACGAUUUACUGGCAGCCAACAAUGUGUGGGAAUUUAUCGUUCGAGAAGCAGUCAGUGCUCUGGAGACUGAAGAGCAGAGAACUACUCUUUACAAUCCAGCCACCCCCUCUUUAUCUUCAUCAUCUGUUCGCGUUGCCCUCCAUUCAACUCUUCAAACUACACACACCCAGUGCGACAAUAUUCGACAACUCUUUUCCGCCUUAACAUCCCCGUCCGAGCUCUCGCAACUCUCGGAGAUGUACGCUCCCCCAUCGCCAGUCAGAUCCUCUUCCUCCCUUUUCGAUUCCAGUUCUCGCCCCUUCUCGUUCCCAUCACGACACCGAGUAAACUCGGUUCCAACACCGGUUGAGAAUAAGAGGUCAACUUGGAAUGGCUCUUACUCUAGCCUGGCAUUUGCCGGCAGCCCAACGAACAACGUGUUCAGAAGACGAGAGAAGCACCGGUCCAAUUUAUCAGCUAUAUUUCAAUCAAGCUCAGUAAGCGCACCAGUGACGCCUAUUCCGUCUAGUCCUGGACGCAAGCUCGCUAAAGUGACUGAGGAUGACGGCGUUGAUGAAGAAGACAACAAUUCUACUCGUUCUUCUAAAGAAACGAGGCCUUUUGGCGCAGCUGCUUUGGACCUUCAACGGAAAAAUCGCAGUGGGGGCAUGGAGGCCUUCCAGAUGCCGCCAGAAAGCUACUUCACCUCAGACCUACAAAGCCCCCGCAGUAAAAGACUGUCCUCAUCGACAUCUUCUGGAUCACGGUUCACGACGCUCCAGUCAACUCGACACCCAUUGUCCUUGUCAGCGUUGCACAAUGCUCUUCAGGGAGCAUUGGCUUCAAAACGCUUCGCUUGUUCACACUUACUGGCAUUGAGAUUCUCGGGUGAUGAGGAUGAAGGAUACUGGGAAGACGUUCGGAGUGUCAUGGGGUUGCUGACGAGCACUUUUGCGGAUGCUUCCCUUCGGUUGUCUGAAGCGCUUGAGGAGUUGGAGUCGGAGAUGUUGAGAGAACAGAACCCGACCCCGGGGCCUGAGUCAAGCUUCGAGAUUGAUGCUGAACAUGGUCGAACUGGGUCCAUUGGUGAGGUGCAGAACGCCAAACCAAGGCGGUCAGAAGAGAGUAUUUCCUUCGCUCCAAUGCCCAGUCACAUAUCUCGGUUUGCGGCUCACGUUGCUGCGAUCAGCUCUGCGCUGGAUGACGCUCGAGAGCAUCUUGAGCAGUGCGUUGCUGCUCUGAAGGAAGAUCCAACCUCUGCUCCAAGUACAAGAUCAUUGCGGCACUCAAGAUCGUUGAAUCAACUGGUGGAAGACUCCCCCGUUGAGGAACCUCCUGCAUUGCAAGCCUAUGAGCGUCUUCGACGUGAGCUCGGACUGGCCCUUCGGGAAUGUGAAAGAGGCCGAGGAAAGCUUCUUGAUCUUGUCAAUCCUCCCAUUCCCAGUGACGAAGGCGAUGAUUCGGACGGUGUUCCGGGGCUUGGCCACGAUAUAAGCGAUGAUUCGGAUAAGCAAGAUCUUGCAUCUCCUUCAGAGGACGAGGGCGAUCCUGUUCCUAACGCAGGGCUUACGGUGGUUAAUCCAGAUUCUGGAGAACCGGCCUUGGACGAUGCGACACAACACCUUCUACUUGGAACUUCGACUCAACAUCUACCCCUACCUGGUGUCGAGCAAGUGUUCGAAGCUGAUACGGGGGCUGGGGUAGUUUUCUCGCGGGAGCGGUCGAAGUUGACAAGGGAAGAGAGAAUCAAAAUUGCAAAGGCGAGGAGGGAGAGCGGAGGGGGGGGAAUUGGCUUGGGUUUCUCAACUGAUCUCUGCGCGGCAGAAAAACGUGGGAUUGAGAAAUGGGGUCCUGGUGGCGAGGUGGUGCAAGAGCUCAAGGACGUCAUCUGGAAAUGCAGUUCAAAGUGGACAGAUGCCUUUCACUACCUCCACAUUUUCUCCACGAUGAUGGCCGUAGCCCUUACUAUUCUAGUUGGGCGGGGGUUGUAUAAAACUAUCGACAAAAAACGCAAAGGACGCGCGGAGCGUCGUCGAACUGCUGGAGAAGCGACGUCAGGCCAGCCAAUAACUGAACCAUCGACGUCACACGCCCGCAGGAGGCAUAGGACCGCGAGGAGGGGACAAUACCACCGUCGUAACAACCGGGAAUUCGACGACGGAGAGUAUGCCAUCAGUGCAUCAACUCCCCCGCCGCCUUAUACGCGGCCGUCUACCCCACCACCGGCAAUUACGGUGAUCUACGAGGAGGACGAGGAGAGCACUACUGGUGCUUCAAGGAGGACUGCGGCUGAUGAUAGGGCCUCCACGAGGACAAUAACUUCAAGGAAUAGUGAAGCUUUGGCGGGGCAGCGCGGGGAUGGGCCAGAGUCGGAAGAAUCUCUGAUUUCCAGGCGGAAUGCCGCUAUUGACGCCUUGGAUUUUGAGAAUGCUAGCAGCAGCGAAAAUAGCAUUGGCGGACCGCAAGGGGAAGAUGCGGUCGCGUCCGGAUCCUCCAUGAUGUUAUGA